GUCUGGACGUAUUUGAUGCGUAUAUUUCGAAAGUAUCGCGUGAGUGAAACGGGGCGAUUUUUUUAUAUUCGAGUGUGAAACUUUCAGUGAGACGGUAUAAAUGUGGCUAUGUGAAAAUGAUUUUUUAUGUAAGUUAAAUAUUUGAGUGUUAAGUGAAAGUGUUUGAAACACAUUGAACGAGUGGAUUUUAAACUCUUGUGUGAAAAUUGAAUGGUGAAUAUUUCGUCAGAUGAUGUACCAAAUGCAUCAUACGCAGUCGAAGAUAGACAUUAAAGCGUAUAACGAAUGGAUGAGGCGGGGAUAAGUGGUGCUGGAACAAGUAAUGUGGAAACUAGAAAUGCCGACGACCUACUUUUUGGGUUAUCGACUCAAAAUUGGCAUCGUCGUGAUUGUCAUUAUGGUGCUUGGAUUUUUUAAUGAGAGCCAAGGUUCUGCGCAUUACGGGGAAGACAGCGUCGGAUCAUUUCCAUACUUUGAGUACAACGUGCCUCGGAAUGUGACCACAGUAGUCGGACAAACUGCCUUCCUACAUUGCAGAGUUGAACAGCUCGGGGACAAAGCGGUAUCCUGGAUAAGAAAAAGAGAUCUUCACAUCCUUACUGCUGGUAUUUUAACUUAUACAUCGGAUCAGAGAUUUCAAGUUAUCAGACCAGAUAAAUCAGAAAACUGGACGCUCCAAAUCAAAUUCCCUCAGGAACGAGAUGCGGGCAUUUACGAAUGCCAAGUGAACACCGAACCCAAGAUGUCACUGGCAUUCCAACUAAAUGUUGUCGAAGCCAAGGCGCAUGUCCUUGGUCCAGCAGACUUAUACGUGAAGACUGGCAGUGCACUUUCUUUGACGUGCAUACUCAGCCAGGGUCCUCACGAUCUUGGCACAAUAUUUUGGUAUAAGGGAUCAAAUAUAAUAGAAUAUAAGGAAGUCGAAGGGAAUGAGAUCUCGAUGGAGCCACGGAUUCGCCUGAAGACGGAAUGGACGGAGCAGCUGACGUCACGGCUCACUAUAGAGAAGCUAACGCCGGGUGACAGCGGCAAUUACAGCUGCGUGCCUACCAUGGCAGAAGCAGCGUCAGUCAAUGUGCACGUUAUUAACGGAGAACAUCCAGCAGCGAUGCAGCAUGGGAAUGCAAAUACAGCGUCACCCUGCGCUCUCUCAGUGAAUCUGCUCAUCUCUCUCUACUGCACCAUCGCAACCCUCUACACCAGUACGAUUGAUGGCUUCAGAUGAAAGUUACAAAACACAGCCUUCAUCAAGUAAGGCGUCGGAAUAAAUAUAGUGAUCCCUUUUUGUUUUAUGAUCAUUGGUAAUCUGGUGGUAAUUUAUCUAUUCAUUUGUUUCAAUUUAUUAAAUCUCGUUUAUACCAAGCUGACCCUUGAUUGAUAUUGUUUUUUUUUUUUUUAAUUCCAGUCAAAAUUUUAAUCUCUCUUCUGCCUACUGUAUAAAAGUUAUUUACUUUAAUUGGAUGAUUUGUCGGAAUACAAGGUUCUCUCUAUCUUUAACCAGAAGUUUUUCGGUAGUUCACAAUCUGACUGCGCCUUGUAAUUUAUCUGUCGGAUUACUGCGGGUAUUUAUUAUGGUUUAAUAUGUCGCUUCGCCACUCUUCCUUUCAACCAAACGGCAUAUUUUCCUACCACAAUUUUGCAUCUGUUUAUAACUAGUUAUUUAUAUACCGACUUAUACAAAAUCGAUAAACCUAUUAAUACAUUUUAAAUUCUAAUUAAGAUAGUUGACUAAUUUAAUAACACAUGUAAGAGUUUAAGACUUUUGAUAUGCAGAUGUGAAUUUUCAACCAUUCAAAUUGAAACAACUUUAUUGUUUAAAAAUAAGAUGACUAUAAUAUAGUAUAAGAAGUACAGUCAGCUACAUAAAUAUGUAAACAUUAAUCUUUAAAAGCUUGUAUACGUCUUCGGUUUCUGAUAUUGACGGGUUUGUGCGUGUAUAAAACCGAAAUUAAAAAGGCAAUUGGCACAAUUUUCUAAUGUUUUGUUUUGUACAUAUUUUUGUAGCUGACUGUAACUAAUAACCUAAAACACAAUAUCAUGAAAUUCAUUUAAUACAAAUUGCAAUGUUAUUUAAAGCGUAAAGUUCUGUCUGUUAAGUAAUUAAUUAGCAAAAAAUUGUCUUAAUUGGGCGAAUAAAGAAUUUAAUGUAACUUCAUUAAGGUGCAUAGCAUU